AUGGAAGGAACUUUAUUUCAAGAUUUAUUCAAGAUCAAACGUUACAUCUUGAACCAAGUAGAUGUGGGUAUCAGGUUGUAUAGAAGUUCUCCAAAUUUUUGUCUCAUGUCUGAGGAAGUAAACGCUAACUACGAAGUCGUCAUAGAAGACAUUAUACUGAGGGCCUGCAAAGUAAGAUUGAAUCCAGCAAUCAUUUACGGUCAUGCCGAAGCUUUACAGAAGAUGAAUGCUAAGUAUCCUUACGAUAAAUCGGAAAUCAAGGUUAUGUCUGUACCACAAGGUCAAUUGAGUGUAUCCUGGGACAACAUUUUCCAAGGGAGUAAACCAAAUAAGAUCAUCUUGGGACUAGUAAGCACCGUAGCCAUGGCUGGAAGCUAUACGCUAAAUCCUUACAACUUUAAAAACUAUGACUUACGACAGAUCACUUUAUUAUGCGAUGGUGUACCUGUGGGUGGAGGACCAUUGAAACUGAAUUACAGUAAAAGUCAGGGUGAGACCGUCAUUCCAGCCUAUAUCAGUCUGUUCCAAGUCAGUGGACAAUGGAUGCAAAACGUGGGGAAUGGAAUAGACCGAGAUGAAAUGGGGUCUGGAUACGCCCUUUAUGGAUUUGACCUACAACCGACCUUCCAACGUGAAGAUUAUCUCAAUUUAGUCAAGCAGGGGGUCAUUCGACUCGAACUACAAUUUGGAACACCACUACCCGAAGGAGCCUCCAUCAUUAUAUACAGUGAGAGAUCAGGUUACUUUGAAAUCGAUCAUUCCAGAAAUAUCAUCACCGAAGGAUGA